GUGAUGUUUUAAUAUAAUAUAAAACACGGCGACUCAGAGAGUAGGAACAUGAUGGGCUUAUGCUUGUCAGAAACUACGUGAUGACGCCACUAAUAUGCAAAUUUUUGCGUGACAUCAUCUGGCAACAAAUAGCUACUUUUCGGGCAGGCUUUAGCUAGUUUUCUUUGGAAAUAGUUGGCAACACUGUUUCAGCACAACAAUGGCUGUACCAAGAAUGGAUUCUUUUAAGACUGUCUUAAAGUUCUUCACCGAUCAGAAGACCACUAUUGGCUACAGCGUCAUGGCUAUUUUGACAAUAGGCAGUGAACGAAUUUUCUCCAUGGUGUCUUUUCAGUGUCCCUGCACCAAAGGACAGAAUUUUCCCUAUGGGAUUUGUUUUCUGCUCGGACCUGCUGUCGUCUUACUGGUGAUCGGUUUCUUUGUUAGCACACGUUUCUGGCGGUUAUAUACUGGGUGUUGUCUGAACCCCCUCAAACUCUGCCCCCGAGGAAACUUUGUGGGAUGCUUGUCAGUGUUUAUAAAGGUGUUGUAUGGAGCCUGCGUUGCCCCUGUCAUGUGGCUUACUGUAGCCCUGUUAAAUGGAACCUUCUAUGAGUGUGCUGUCAGUGGAUUGGAUGAAAUUGCGGUGAUCAAAAUUUUCUGCGCAGGUAAUGUAUCUAAAUGCCAGGAUGAGUUACACCGAGUGCCCUGCGGCAAAUCCACACUUCCUCCUGAGCAAAAUACGGAACUGCUGUAUAUGCUGCGAGCUCAGUCACAGAUCCUCGGCUGGUCCAUCAUCAUUACAGCAGUAGUAAUAGCGCUGAUCGGGACUUGCUAUAAGAACUGUGUCUCUCAAGUAAGCUACCUUCAGCUAACUUUCUGGAAGAUCUACAUGGAGAAAGAAAGGGAAAAGUUUGACGCUUUUGCAAACGACUAUGCCACCAAACUAGCAGAUCGUAACCUCAAGAGUUUCUUUGACAACAAAUUCCCAGAAGCAUUUCCCUUUCCGAAUCACAAAGCCUGGGAGGAGAUCUCCGCUAUUUACAAUUUCAGAAAAAGUGAACAGCACUACAGCACACUGCAGAGAUACGUGGAGCGCAGCAAUCAAGACUACACCCCUGAUGAGCAUCCUAUUAUGGACCAUGGCAUAAACCUAGAGAUGGUAUAGGCUUCAUGGACUGCUACUAAAUCAAUGAAAAAAGAUUUCUCCAGUACAAUUUUUGUGUGAAUGAGAGUGUGUUUUCCAUCACUGGGGGUUCAUGAGUUAAUGUACUCUCAUUGCUGGGUUGCGGCUGGAAAGGACAUUCUCUGCAUAAAACAUACCAGAGAAAUUGCCAAAUCAUUCUACUGUGGUGACCCCUGAUAAAUCACAGAGUACUCCGCAGGACAGUGAGGGAUUCCCAGAAAAUUGGCCUUAAGACUGACAACAACUGUGAAUCUUGGCAGGAUGGCAGUUUUGUUUGGUAGCUACAGUCUAUAUUGAAAAUCAGUCGACUAAAAGUUUUUUUGGUGUUAUGUUUACAUUUAGUCAGUUAGAAAAUGCUUUAUCCAAAGAUUAAGUAACAGAAAAUUAACAAUAUUAAGAUAUUAAGAUGUUUACUCAGGUUUAUUAAAUUGUCCUAAAGCAUAAAAAUGGAGUCAGGUUCUUAUUGAUUUGCUCUGUUAUAAUCAAAAUAUAUAAAUAUAUCAAAUGGAAAGUAAAAUAAAAGUUGUACUAACAAACC